AUGUGCUCUCGAAAUAGUGUUCUAAUCAAUCAAUUUAUCUUUAUCGAUAACUUUCAUCGGCUGAAAAAUUCAGCACCAUCACGUCGCGGUUUCUUCGUGAGCUCGCGUGAGGGUACGCUCCCCGGCGGCUACUCGAUACUAUCUCGCGCGCGAAUAUGCGUGACCACAUCCUUCCCUUCCCCUUUGCCACCGCCCGCGUGGCCCAAGAGUCACGUCCGCUGCGUGACACCCAGCGGUGCGCGAGCGCAGCGGGUGGGCGCGCUUCCGGCGCGAGCAAAGUGGUGA